AUGAAAUUCUACCUCGACGCGGCUCUCUUCCUCGUGAAUCACGUGUUCCUUCCCCCCAAAGUCCCUGGCGAGGACGACACGGACGACCACCACGAGCAAAUUCUCGUGGAUCUCGUCCUCUCCAGUCUGAGACAGUUUCGACGCCAUCUCCAGCCUGAUCAACAUGGAUCCAUCCAUACCGCGAUUUCGAUGCUUGCCACGUUCAAAAAGAUUCACGAUUCUCUUGGUCGCGAGACUGCCGUGAACAAUAUCGCUCUUCUAGACGCUCUGGCAGUCCUGUCGAAGAACGAUCAUAUCCUCCUUCAUAUCCGUGCCCAGAAUGCCGGCGUCCUCAUCUCCAAUACACCUGUCGGUGAGAUACACGUUGAAGCCUUCGAGCUCUCACCUACAAACGAGGCAGCCAUGAGCACGGCAGGGAGACUCCAACGCACAUUUCCUGGUCCAGCCGUUGUGAUCCCCGCUGAGACAGCUUGUCAAGCUUCCUUCCACGAAGCUCUUUCUCACACCCUCUCGCGAAUGAGCCACCAGUCCGUCCCGGGAACUCUGCCCAGCGUUCGCAAAGCCCGCCAGAAACACGCCGAAGACCGCGACACGGUGCAUCCAAGGGCUGUCACAGAACUGCUAUUCAGCGUGCUUUCAGCCGUUGGUGAACCUCUCGACGUCUCUCGCGUGGCAAAGAACUGUCGUGACGAGGUUGUUUGGGAGGAUAGCCGGUUCCCUUGGCGGAGAUCGCCUUUGUGGAUGCUGCUCCGGGUUGCAGUCCAGCUGAUACUCAGUCGCAGUGAACAUGACCUGUACAAACGCUUCAUGAUGUUCUUCAUGGCCAAGGUUCUAGAAAAAUCGGGUCCUCUGGUGUCGAGUGACCUGGUGUACGCUAUGACAGCCAAAUUGACGCGCCGGUGGAUGAAGCUUCGUCCGCCUAACACUUCCGACAGUCAAUAUGUCCAGGCAGUGAUGAAGAAGAUGAAUCAGGCAUUACAAGACAAAUGGGAGACAGUAAGCCUGGCACCAAAAUACGAUUUGGACGCUUUGAAAGAUCUCGACUUUGGUCAAGAUACCUAUACUCGCCUCCCGCUGCUCGAUGACUAUCUCGACCGGUUCUCACAACGGACAAGGUUGGUACCGACAGUGGAUUUUGAGCCGACAUCUGCUCUUGCCCAGUUUUAUGGUCUGCCCGUAGUUGGGUCCUGGACAGACAGUCGGGCGCAAAACCUUGCUGCCGUUGAGAAGUGGGUAGCCUCUUCGCUGCCAGGAUGGAUUGAAAGGUAUAUUCGUCGUAAUGAUACCUGCGGUGAAUUGUCAACCCUCCUGAGCAGUUACCACAAAUGUGCUUUGCUAGAGUAUACCGCCAACCCAGAGGGAAUUUCCAUCAUGGUAUUGACUCUCCUCGAGAUUUGGAUAGCCUGUGAUAUGUCUGCGACGGCUAUUUGCCCUCUUCUGACCGAAUAUGACCCCGAUGUCCCCGAAGUCUUUCUCUCGUCACUCGUUCUCCCUCUGCAUAACCAUAUGGUUCGUUUGGGGCGUGUGGAGGAGUAUAUUUCCAGCAGGAGGCAAAAUGCCACACUUUCGUCAAAUGCUCUCUACCACGAAAUUGGUACACACACUUGUUUCUCAGUACGGUAUUUCCGCCAGUCGAGCAGUCACCAAUCACUCCUUGGACAGAUUGAAGAGCGAGCCCGACGAGCCCGGCAGGCAAAGAGAGAGGAACUCUCCCGGAAGAAAGAGAGAUACCGUGAUUUAAUGGACAAGUUCAACCACGGAGGAUGCAAAUAUGUGUGGCAAACUGACUCUAAUGGAUAUGAAUAUGAACAGCAUUUAUCACCUUGCGAGAGAUGCCGUUAUCAGCAAGAGGCUAAAAAUAUGGACAUUGGUGUCCACGAAUGGCCAGUCUCUGCAAGUAGGAUGCAAGCAGAAUCAACCAUCUUCGAACUGCGGGUGCCCAUGGUCUUUGCCAAGUGGCGGGAUAUCACCGUCUUCAUCCGACUUGACGUGCUCGGUAUGGACUAUACGCCGUCUCCCAGGCCAAGAGAGAGAUAUCUACUUCGCAAAGACCACGGACUGUCUUCGUUCUAUAUUCCUAUGAACAACAGAAUCGUUCUUCUGUCGCAAACCAAACCCCAUGUCGUCACUCACCGACGUUCCAUUGCAGUCUCCAUCGCUACAGAGGAAAGUGUCUGUGUCAACAACGGGCUACGCUAUGAAUAUUUUGAUGCAGCAAAAGACUGUCUGAUGAACGCCCCCCAGCCAACGGAAGAGGUUGCACAGAACUGUAUGUUUAAGCUCCCAGCAUGCUCGGCCGCUUUGCAACCCUUUCUCUUUCGACCUCCCUCUCUCCCCAGCGGACUCCCCCCCAAUAUAGUCAUCGCAAAACAGUCCGAUUGUCCAAUUCAUAUGUCGUUAUCAGAGUAUCGGGCAUUAGUGAUAAUCCCAUUGGGUCUGCGGAUUCAAUGGCAAAAUGUCUUGUUGCAGCUUGUGCAGCCGGGAGUGGACUGGAAGAAAGAGGAGACAGCAAUUUUUGUCCGCCAGGUUCUUUACCAGGCUGCAGAAAAAGGCCCAGAUGAUCUACGAAUUGCCCACGCAAUCUUCAGAGACGACGACUUUAUAGAGAAGCUCCUUGAAGCCCUGAAUGAAGCUUUCUCUCGCAUCAAAGAGAACUGGGAGUCAACCUUUGCCCUGAGUACGUUCAUCGCCAUUGCAACGCGAGCCUUGUCCCUUUCCGACCAUUGCACUGAGCAGAUUCUGGGCUACCUUCAGAAAGUCCGAGCUGUGGCUUUCCAAUGGGUUACCCUACUCAAGGAUAAGCGGGACAGUGCUCUCAGCGAUGACGAGAGAGCAGAUUACUUUGGUCGUGCAGCAGAAAUAGCCCUUGUUUGUCUGGAUUCAUUCAAUGUAGAAGGUUCUUACCUGUCGCACAUUCUUGGCUCCCCAGAGGCAUCAAUAUUUCUCAAGUGCAUGAUUGUCGUCCACGAAGGCAGCCGUUCUUUAUCACCCUCUCCAGGCUCAAUAAUAUCCAUUCUGCUCUAUCGCUGGAAACGCUUGACGUACCGCGUUUAUCCCAUUCUCGUCAAUGCCAACGAUAGUCUCAACGAAGCUAUCAUGUGGGCCUGGUCGUCAUAUACACCGGGUACAUGGACAUGCCAAAACCAUUGGAUGGCAGCAACCACUGACGGUCUCUCUGUUCACUUCGAUCUGCUUACCGGGGAGCUCCUCGUCAACGGGCUCCCUUUGGCUCGGCUACCAGCCCAGUAUGAGCAGCACAGGAUGUAUAGUACCCUCUUUGGCCGAGCAGCUCUCGAAGUGAUGCCCUCGUCUCUCCAGGGGAUGCGCUUCUCGGCGACAAAGAUGUAUGCCGGAUAUAGACUGCAUCUAGGGAUAGAUUGGGGAAAUGAAACCAAUCUUCUUGUUCGGGCAGUUAGAGAGACAGACGCAUAUGAGCUCAUUCCUUCAAGCCUCUUUCAUGGCGAACUUCCCAUUCAUUUCGAAGAGGACUAUGUUCACUGGUAUAACACGGUACAAGACUGCGUCGAGUUCCGUCCCAAAAAUAACCCGUGGGCUUCUUCUGCCGAAUGGAAACUAAUCAACGGCCAUGGGUGGCAGCUCGUCAAAGGUGAAAAGGCUUUGAUAUCCGUUCAUAGCAAGACAGCGAAACAGCUUUCCACCAUUUUCAAUCCCCUAGCAAGUCCCUUGCGUAUACACACUUUCUCUACGGGAUCCGGCGUGGAGAUCGACCUUCCAACUGUGAAGUUAGGAUUUACGCUAAGCCUGGGAGACUCCUCGAUUUACUCUCGCCAGUUCCGUGGCAUGACCAUUUCCGCUGAUCAAUCUAUCGGCACUUUGAUCGGCCUCCGGAAUAAGCUACUCCUACAUCAGAAUGGCCGGAAACUACUCAUUAUCCCCGAAGGAGAUGCCUCUUGGAGAGGACAGGAUGAUCACAUAUCUGUUUCUAUCAACACGGAUACAACUGCUAGAACCCAUGUCUACAGAGUUUGCAACCAUCUUGGCCGGCUUCGUGACAACGGCAGUUUGCAAAGCAAACUGUUUCUAUCCUAUCUACAUGCCUUGACGUCUUUCUGCCUUCCAGAUCCAUUGACAGGGCGCACCGGCACGGAAGAGGCAAUUUCCAUCCUGAAAUCGGCAGCAGUGCGUUCCUUUGACCGACUGUCACAGGAAAAUAUUGAGUUACUGCAGAAAAUCUCUUUGCUGACCCCGGACCGAAAAUUCUAUCCUGCAAACGAACGUGUCAUGCAGACCGUGGACUGGAUUUAUGGGUUGAGCUUCCUAUCUCAACAUCCUGAUCUAUAUUACUCGGUUAAGGACAUCUUCGGCCGUGUCUCACGAUCGAGAAUCUUUUAUCCAGAGUCAGAUGAAAUGCCGGUACUAGACCACGUCGAUCCCUAUCUACUUGAUCGUGAUGCUCGACGAACCUCUGUGCUGCGAGUUGCAGGGUUUGGGGCUAGCUAUUCCAUCCGGGGAGAUGGUGACAGUAUCUAUACUGGGCGGGAUAGACAGGCAUCUCGUGGAAAGGAAGCCUUCACAUUAGCCAGGAUGGUCUACGAUGCACAGUCUUAUCUGCCGUAUUCCGUUGGUGAUAAACUGGACAGACAUUUGUGGAAGGCUUUGCUUGGAUGCGAAAUUCUUCCACCUUCAUGUGCACUGGAUCUCAAUAUCCAGUAUGAUGCCCAACUACUUGAGGAAUCAUCAAUGAGAAAUCUCCUCCCCUCGUGGAGCGUUCUCCAUCGCACUCUUUCCGGCUCAGAUCUCAAUAAAUAUCACCUCAUGAUGUUCUUUGCAACGCUAGCCUAUGCACAAGACGCCGAUAUGGAUAUAAUACAAGCAAUUGCUUCCUUCUCCAUCAUUCCCAAGUUGGGCGACAUUUUUCCUCCGGAAGUUUAUAUCAAACCAGCACAUGGAGCGGAGUUCAACAAGCACAAACUGAUAAAUAGUCUCCAAUCCGCUGUCCGCCCACUAUCGGAAUGUCCAGGUGGAAAAGUAUGGCCGAUUGGCAAGAAGACAAGAAAACGGGUUGAGCGCUUUCAAAACCAGUCUCUUGACCAGCUCGCCAACGCCUUCAUGACGCAGUGGCCAUCUCAAACCCCAUAUAUCCCUGCCGAUAGCCUGGAAGCGUUUUCCGAGUAUAUCAGCAUUGAGAAGGCAUUGGAUAUCGCCAGACAGAAAUUCAAGGUCUGGUUCGAUAACUACCACUUUUGUCAGUACUUGCGUUGCGUCAGUGAUGUCCUGUGUGCUCAGGCCGUUGAACCUCCGGUCCCGCCAGUAUUCUCAUUUGAUGCCUCUCGAUGGCCUGUUAAUAAGCACAAAGGCUUCAUUGGUGUGAAUGAUCUAUUCCAAGCCACAGUCCCUGCUAUCUCUCCAUGUUCCGACAAUUUGACAGGUUUGGUUUGUCGCUCCGAGACAGCCCAAAAAGAAUUACGUCUUUCUCAUCUAUUGAACCAACUUGAUGAACAAGCCGCAUCGCGAUACGAGAAGAAGUACGUCCGGGAUCUGAGGGUUUCCCUUGGUGCUUUGCAGAGACAACAGCACCAAGACAUCCUUCAAUGCAGUGGAAAUGUCGAAGAGAUCAUCAUCAGCUAUCGGAUUACGUGCCAGACAAGAGUGAGCUCAAUAUACGAUGCUAUCCUCUCCGCUUUAACAACCCACCCAUCUUAUUCUUUCUCGUCGAGCCACUGGCCACGAAUCUCUCCGAUUUUUCUUCUAGAACAACUUUCGCAAGAGAGAUGGCAUCAACUUUCCGCAUGCUGGAAAGAAGCAAUAGUCAGCUACGGUAUUGCAUUGACGGAUCUACAGCGCGCUGAGAGGCUGCUAAGUGUACUUCACUCUCCCUUCGACCUUGUCCGUGAGCUUCGAAAUUCAGGGCAUACGAACUGGAGUCCGAUCGAACAUCCCGACUCGCUCCUCCUUGAAGUUGAAAGUGGAAUACUCAUCCGCGAUGUGCAGGAGCAGAUCGCCAGUGAAAUGAGAGACCCCGGCUCUGGUGAGAAUACAGUCAUGCAGCUCAACAUGGGCGAGGGCAAAUCAUCUGUGAUUGUACCUAUCGUUGCGUCCUUCUUGGCCAAUCGGGAAAAGCUUGUUCGUGUACUGGUUGCAAAACCACAAUCUGCGCAGAUGUUUCAAAUGCUCGUUUCCAGCGUCGGGGGGCUAGUCAACCGCCAAGUUUAUAAAAUGCCGUUUUCUCGAUCGCUGCGAUUGAAUAAAGGGGAGGUUCAACGAGUCUACGAGAUUUGUCACGAAUGUAUGUGUACAGGCGGAAUUUUACUUGUCCAGCCCGAACACCUCCUCUCCUGGAAGCUCAUGGGUCUGGAAAGAAUGAUCGGGGGCGAGGAAAGUGUUGCAAAAAAGGCACUGGAUGUUCAGCACUUUUUUGAUCAAAAGGCCCGUAACAUCGUCGACGAAAGUGAUGAAAAUUUCAGCGUCAAGUUCGAGCUUGUCUAUACCAUGGGUACGCAAGGUCCAGUCGAGUUUUCACCCCAGCGGUGGCUAGUCAUACAGCAUGUGCUACGACUGGUGCGUGCCACGGCGCCAGAGGUCAGAAACUCCCUUCCAGAAAGCAUCGAGAUUAUUGAUUCCCCUGUUGGAAGCUUUCCUCGCACGCGUUUUUUGCGCCUCGAUGGGCAACAACAUGUUCUCGAGAGAGUUGCACGCCACAUCUGCGAGACCGGUCUUCCUGGUGUCCCUAUUGCGAGGCAGCCUCAGUCCCUUCGUGAGAAGAUUUUUCGAUACAUCACAGUGGAGCAACUCACAUCUGAAGAGAUUUCACGGGUUGAAGAUGAUCCGUUUUGGGAGACAACAAAGCUGACUCUUUUACUACUGCGCGGCCUUCUUGCCGGCGGCAUUCUGGGCUUUGCUUUUGGCACCAAACGAUGGCGAGUGCAUUACGGUCUAGAUGAAAAGAGAACCCCACCAACCCGACUUGCUGUUCCGUAUCGUGCCAAAGACAACCCCUCACCGCGCUCGGAAUUCAGCCAUCCAGAUGUUGUGAUUAUGUUGACCGCAUUGAGCAGCUACUACGGAGGACUUACUGACGAGGAACUCUACACCACCUUCACCCAUCUUUUACAGUCUGAUCAAGCGAGCGCUAACUAUCAGUCUUGGGUCGACGAUGCGCCGGAUCUACCAUCUUCCUUCCACCAGGUGGAGGGCAUCAACCUACGUGAUAGAGCUCAGUGUAUCUCUGUCAUCUUUCCCAAACUACGCUAUUCCCAGGCCGUCAUCGACUAUUUUCUGGCAAACCUGGUGUACCCGCGCGAGAUGAGGGCAUUCCCGUCGAAACUGUCCGCGAGCGGAUGGGAUAUUGGUAAAGAAACGACACACCCCACGACCGGGUUCAGCGGGACGAACGAUGCGAGGACAACACUUCCGCUGUCUGUGAACCAGAUUGAUCUGCCGGAGCAGCGACAUACAAAUGCGUUGGUUCUGGAGUAUCUUUUGCAGGAGGGGAAUAGAGUGGCCUUGAUGGGGAGGCGGGGUGUGGGUGCGCAAGCCACAGCGGAGGCUACGGGAGCUAAUAAUAACGCUGUGGAACCGGAAUCUACCGCACAAGCAGAUGCGGGGGCGGGGACAGGGGCCGGGCCGGACACUAAUGCAGGGCGCCUGCUGGAUAUGGUGGUCUCCAUGCCGGAGCAAGUCCAGGUCAUUCUGGACGUUGGGGCACAGAUCAUCGAAAUGGACAACGAAUCUGUUGCUCGCUCCUGGCUGCACCGGUCUGGCGCGACUGUUCAAGCGGCAGUGUUUGUUAACAGCUCCGACGAACUGUGUGUGGUUGAUCGGCAGAACCGAAUAGAACCCCUGCAAAUUUCGCCAUUUGCGACGCAGAUGGAUGUUUGUCUGGUGUUUCUCGAUGAGGCACACACGCGGGGAAUUGACCUGAGGUUGCCGAAGAAUGCCAAGGCUGCGGUCACUUUAGGAGCGGGAUUAACGAAGGAUAGACUGGUUCAAGCCUGCAUGCGCAUGCGCGGUCUCGGGCAUGGACAGACCGUGGUCUUCUGCGUACCGGAGGAGAUCCAAGCAAAGAUCACGCCGGAGCCUAGAUCGAUCACUGUGUCGGACGUCCUCUGCUGGGUCAUUUCGGAGACAGCCACGGAUAUGAGGAGGAGUAUACCAUUGUGGGCGGCGCAAGGGCGGCGGUUCCAACGUCAGGAAGCCCUAUGGGAAGCUGAUGUGGAUUCGGUACAUGCACAGCUAUUCCUCGAGGACGAGUCGCAAUCACUUUCCGAACGGUAUCAACCGAAACAACAAGAAGUGAUCGACACUGCUCCUGCUGAUGCUAUUACGGCUCGCUGUCGUGAAUUCGAUAAUUUGGAUCUUGCAGCGCACUUCCACGAAGAACAGGAGCGCGAGCUUUCGCCGGAGAUCGAACAGGAACGACACGUCCAACGUCCACCACCGGUUGAUCCAGCCAAGCACGCCAUCCAUCCAGACGUGCAUAGGUUUAUAUCUACUGGAAUGAAAGCUACCAGCUCUGCGUUUAUUCCAGCCUUUGAGGCGCUGGAAAAUACCAGCAUUGCCGGAACAUUCGAUCUGAGCCAAUUCCCUCGGAACCUGUGGGUAACAGACGAUUUUGCACGCACCGUUCUUGCUCGGGGGGCGUCAGAUCUGUAUCAACGGGGAGUCCAAUGGAUCAUCACCAGCCAGUUCUCCAUGGUGAUUGUCUCUCCGUACGAAGCGGACCAGCUCAUUGACAGUAUCAAAAAGUCGACCCAUGUCACGCUCCAUAUCUAUGGGCCCCGUCAGAACCAGCGGUUCCGAUCCCUGGACAGUUUGGACUGGUAUUCGGUUCCUUCUGGACGAACGGUACCGCGCGAGUCUAUUGUUCAGCUGAACCUGUUUGCAGGACAGCUGUAUCUGGGUACGUUCGAGGAGUACGUUGAGGUCUGCAACUUCUUGAAUCUCGCAUGGGAAUCAACGAGAGACGACCAGCGCAUCGCUGCGGAUGGGUUCAUUCUGGACCAGACCCAGUCUCGCAGAUUCAAGACAAGUCCGGUACAGUUUCUCAGGGGGCUGCUACAGAGUAUUCGGGCCCAUGGAGGAAUGGACAGGACCCAUCUGGGGAGGAUGUUGGAUGGGGUGUUGCUGAGCAGGGGGGAUUUCGAGACCGUCCAUUAAAAGAUUUUGGCUACACAAGACUAGACUUUUUCAUACUAAAGUUUUCAAGGUGAUACAAUUCAGAACAAUCUUCUUCUUUUGUC